GGCCUUAAACUCUGGAGUUGAGUACCACUGGGACCAGCUGAAUGAGAAUGUCUUCGCUGUGCAUUCCAGUAGCAGGAGCACUGAGCGGCCUGGAACCAGCAGAGCCACAUGGAGGACAGACAGGGACAUGGGCCUGAUGAAUGCCAUAGGCCUGCAACCCCGAAACCCCCCCACCUCUGUGACUUCACAGGGUACCCAGACCUUGGCACCUCAGCUUCAAAAUGCCGAGACUCAGACAGAGAGGGAGGUACAGGAGCAGGAAUCCGCCUCUGCAGGGACCGGGGAAGGUGAAGGUCCAGAAUAUGGGGCCAGUGGGGAGGAUGCCCUGAGCAGGAUCCAAAGGCUGAUGGCGGAAGGGGGCAUGACUGCCGUGGUCCAGCGGGAGCAGAGCACCACCAUGGCGUCCAUGGGUGGCUUUGGCAACAACAUCAUUGUGAGCCACCGGAUCCACCGCAGCUCUCAGACUGGUGCAGAGUCCACCGGAGCUGAGGGCACGUCAGCACAGCAGUCCACCUCACAGCAGCUGGCAGCUGAGCUAGAGGGACGGAUCCUUUCAGAGUCUAUGCAGCUGUCGGAGCAUGGCCUGAGCCCGCGGACAGCCCCUAGUGGGAGUGAAGGACAAAGCGCUGGUGAUCUGGACCUGCCAGAGCAGGCCCAGUCCUCCAUGGACACUGAGGGACCAAUUGAAUACAGUGACCUAACUAAUAAUAACCAUCUUCCUGACAGUACCAACUUCUAUAAUAAUGACAGCACCAGUGAGGAGUCACGGAACAGGUAG